AAAAAAGAAGAAUUAUAACAAUUUCCAGUUCCCUUUCCCUUAUAACCUAAAAACCUAAUCUCUCUCACAUUUGUCCCUGUAACGCCACGCCGCUAAUUCUUUUUUUUAGCUUUCAACUGGUACGAUUUUUGGUUAUUCAGAUACCGUUAAAAAAAAGAAUGAGUCGAGGGUCUGCGGCGGCGGGAGUCAAAGGAAAGAAGAAAGGAGCAACCUUUACAAUAGAUUGCGCAAAGCCAGUGGAAGAUAAGAUAAUGGACAUUGCUUCGCUUGAGAAGUUUCUUCAAGAGAGAAUUAAGGUUGGAGGCAAAGCUGGCGCUCUUGGCGAUUCUGUUACUGUCACUCGUGGGAAAAGCAAGAUCACUGUCGCUUCUGACAGUAACUUCUCCAAAAGAUAUCUCAAGUACUUGACUAAGAAGUACUUGAAGAAACACAAUGUGAGAGAUUGGCUCCGAGUGAUUGCAUCCAACAAGGACCGAGGCGUAUAUGAAUUGAGGUACUUCAACAUUGCCGAGAAUGAGGGGGAAGAGGAAGACUGAGACCGAGUAUUUGUACCUUUAUAGCCUUCUUUUCCUUUUUGCCAAAUCUUGAACUUCUACUGGUUUAGUAUAUCUGGUUUAAUGGAGCUACAUUUUAUUCCCAA